AUGACCGAAGAUCAUUCUCCCUUACAGCUAAGCACGGUUCUCGUGACUGGUGGCAGUGGUGGUCUUGCCAGCCAGAUCCUCCAGCUCUUCUCCCAGCGUGGCUGCAAAAGAGACCUGACAGACGUCCACGCGAUGCGCCAGAUCUUCCACGAGGUCAAACCUGACGUCGUAAUACACACCGCAAGUCCCAAAUUCGACACACCAAAUCAUAUCAUGUAUAAAGUCAACGUUGAGGGCACUAAGAACUUGGUCCAGAUUGCGCAAGGGUCUGGAACACAUUCCUUUGUCUACACGAGCUCUGCGAGCGUUAUCAGCGACGCGAAGUCUGAUCUGAAGAAUGCCGAUGAAACCUACCCCGUCAUCCUUGGCGACCAGCAACCAGAAUUCUAUGUUCACACCAAAGCUCUUGCUGAGACAUAUGUGCUUUCACAGAAUCGUCGAUCGGGAGACACAUCGCCCCAUUUCCUGACCUGCGCGAUCCGGCCUUCUGGUAUUUUUGGGGUUGGCGACCUGGUCGUGCUCUCUGGUAUUCUGAAUGCUUAUUUCAGAGGUCAGACGAAGGUGCAGAUCGGUGAUAACAAAAACUUGUUCGACUUUACUGAGAACACGAACGUGGCGUACGGUCACUACCUUGCUGCCACCGCGCUGGUCGGAUGCCAAAAAGACUUGCCUGGGGACGACACCAAGGUGGAUGGUGAGGCCUUUUUCAUCACCAACGACGAACCUCGAUGCUUCUGGGACUUUACGCGCCUGGUUUGGGGGUAUGCAGGGGACACAACGCGCCCGGAACAAGUAUGGGUGAUCAGUCGAACAUGGGCGUUGCUGCUGGCAGGAUUGUUGGAGUGGAUUUUCUGGGCUCUUUGCCUAGGCCAAGCACCUCUGACAAGGACCAAAGUUCGGCUCAGCUGCAUGACAAGGUAUUUCUGCAUUGACAAGGCGAAGAAGAGACUCGGGUAUAAGCCUCUGGUAGGGCUUGAGGACAGGCUAAGGACUGCGGUUGAAGAUUGCCUUAGACGGCGGAUGGCAGCACAGAGCACCCCUCUAAACCCAAGCAAGGGGAAGGAAAAGGGGCAAUGA